AUGGGGGACCACAAGGUCAUCCAGGUCAUAGUCCUGGUCCUGGGUCCUGGGACCAAAGACCAGGUCAUAAUCCUGGUCUUUGGUCCUGAUUCUGGUCCUAGGUCCUGGUCCUGGGUCCUGGUCUUUGGUCCUGGUUCGGUCCUGGUCUCAAGUCUUGGUCCCGAUUCUGGUCCUGGGUCCUGGUCCCAGGUCCUGAUCCUGGUCCCGGGUCCUGGUCCCAGGUCUUGGUUCUAUGUCCUGGUCUCAGGUCCUGCUCCUGCUGCCAAGUCCUUGUCCCAGGUCCUGGUUCUGGUCCCGGAUCCUGGUCAUGAUCCUGGUCCCGAGUCCUUGUCCCAGAUCCUGCUCCUGGUUCUGGUCCCAGAUCCUGAUCCUGGUCCCAAGUCCUUGUCCCAGAUCCUGGUCCUGGUUCUGAUCCCAGAUCCUGGUCCCAGGCCCCAAGUGGCAGGGUGGGGGUCCCAUCCCACAGAAUCAGGGUGGGGGUCCCAUCCCACAGGAUCAGGGUGGGGUCCCACCAUCCCUGUCCCCGUGUCCCCCCCAGGUGCUGAUCGGGGACGAGCCCGAGGCGGGCUGGAGAACCUUCUGGAAGUGACGGUGCCCGAGGAGGUGGAGCAGCAGCUGCAGCGCCUGGACCGGGAGGAGGAGGAGGAGUGGAGGAAGAGCAGGGAGCAGCAGGAGGAGGAGGAGGAGUGGAGGAAGAGCAGGGAGCAGCAGGAGGGACGGGGGGCACGGGAUUGUCCCCAGCAGCUGUCCCGUGACAGGACACCGCGUGUCCCCUCGCAGUGACACGGCACGGGGUGUCCUGAGGGGACACUGUGGUGACACAAAGGAGCCCUGAUGGUGACAGGACGCCGUGUCCUGAGGGGACACUGUGGUGACACAAAGCUCGACCCCAAGAAGCCCUUACGGUGACACG